AUGGCUUCCAGAUUCUUAUCCGUGGGCACUAUUGACGUGCAAUUAAUAGAUCCAGAUUUUAAUCUCUUAUGGAAGGGAAAUGCAAAAAGUGACAUAGAUUUGUAUGAGAAUCAAAUGCUAAAAUUGCAAAUGAAUGCAUUUUCUGCUAUUCAAAAUAUGUCUACUAUGCCGAAAAUAGAAAGAGAUGGUUUUCGUUAUGUGGACUUGCCAUUUGUCUCAAAAAUUGAUUUAGUAUUUGAUGAUCAAAUUACUACUGAAAGAAAAGUAACUAGAUUAGAAAAUAGAAUUUUGGCAUUGGAGAAAAUUUUAGAAGAUUAUGUGUUUAACCCAUAUGCUUUAAGAUUGUUGACGCCAACUUCCGAAGAACCUGAUAAAAAUUAA